CAUUGAGAAAAGCCGCCGCUCCGUGGACGUGGACGCGUGUCUGCUUCUGUAGUCAUAAAAUGAUCAGUUUUAGCAUCUACGGGAUUUUUAUUGUACUCUGUUUGGCUCCAACUGCUUUGUCAAGCCUGCACCCUGAGUGCGAGUACAUUUUCCAGCUGGAGAGAGAGGAGCACCUCUGCCUUCAGUACAUUGCAGAACAUGAAAACAGAAGUGCAGAAGGUUGUCAGCCUUUCUGGGAUGCAGUGGUCUGCUGGCCUCACGCUGGCCUUGGGGAAACCAUUCAGAGAGCGUGUCCGGACGUCUUCUCACUCUUCAGAAAUGGCACAGGGUUCGUGAGCCGAAAUUGCACCAGUGUUGGUUGGUCCAUGCCCCUCCCGCCGUACCACAUUGCAUGCAGUGUUGAUGAUGACAUUCCUGAGACUGAGCAGUCGUACUUUGCAACAAUAAAGCUGAUAUACACCAUCGGACACAGCAUCUCUCUUGUGGUGCUGGCUGCUGCUGUCUUCAUCCUUUUGCUCUUCAGGAGGCUGCGUUGUGCGAGGAACUACAUUCACAUUCAGCUCUUCGUUACGUUUAUUCUGAAGGCUGUGUCAGUUUUUAUAAAGGAUGCUACUUUAUUUUCAAAUGAUGACACCAACCACUGCACCCUUUCCACAUUUGCCUGUAAGGCUUCUGUUGUCUUCUGUCAUUACUGUGUAAUGGCUAAUUUCUUCUGGCUCCUGGUGGAGGCGCUCUACCUAAACUCCCUGCUGCUCUCCUGUAUGCGUCAUAGUCAUCGGUGUCUGUGGGGCUUCGGCAUGUUGGGAUGGGGUGUACCUGUCCUGUUUAUCAUCCUGUGGAUCGGGUCCAAGGUGUAUUUUGAGAAUGAAGAAUGUUGGGACAUCAACGAGGACUCUCCGUAUUGGUGGAUCAUAAAGGGGCCGAUACUUGUCUCUAUAGUGGUCAAUUUUAUGCUCUUUGUGAACAUCAUCAGAAUUCUGAUACAGAAGCUGAAUCCUCGUCUGAUCCAGUUCAAUAACUCAUCUCAGUACAGGCGCUUGACGAAGUCCACCCUGCUCCUUAUCCCGCUGUUUGGAACCCACUACAUGAUCUUCAAUUUUCUGCCUGACUACUUCAAUGUCAGCCUGCGCCUCUGCAUCGAGCUCUGCUUGGGAUCCUUCCAGGGGCUUCUUGUUGCAGUCCUCUAUUGCUUUCUCAACAAAGAGGUUCAGAAAGAGGUUCAGAUGCAGUGGGUGAGAUGGCAGGAAAGAAGCUUCGGGGUCGUGUCGCCUGCUGUCAAGGGCAGCCAGAUGGACACGCCAUUCUAGUGCCACCCUGACACGCCUACAUCCUCUACGACCACCGCAGAACAGAUCUGAAAAAAUAUUUCCUGUGUCAGUUAUCAUCUUUAAUGGGUUGUGCAGAGAGGUGUACCGCUAUGAACCGCUGCAGCCUGAGAGCCUAUGACAGCAACCACUGCUGGGAAAGUGAAGGUAGCUUUAUUAGGUGAGAUUCCUGGUGAGGAAUCAAUCACUAUCCUGCCAUUGUAGGGUAGAUUAGAAGCACGGGUUGAAAGCACUGAUUACUUUUGUGAAUUCAAACAACUUCACACAAUCAGCAUGUGAAAUGUGACAUAUCAAGAUUUUACUCUGUAGCAACUUCAUUUCAUUGCAUUACUUUUUUAUUGUGCAUGAUUUUCAGGUUGCAAAAGCAGCUUUUGAUCAAUUCCAAAGUACACUCAACAAAAAUAUAAAUGCACCACUUUUGGUUUUGCUCCCAUUUUGUAUGAGAUGAACUCAAAGAUCUAAAACUUUUUCCACAUACACAAUAUCACCAUUUCCC